AUGCUCUUCUCCCAGCUUUUAACAAACGAAAAAUCAUUGAAGCAACUGAGAGAGGCGGAGGAGAAAGCAGAAAAGAUAUCCAAUGAGAAACAACGUAAAAAAGAAGAAGCUAUCCAAAAACAGACAGCACGUGAAGCCGAGAAGGCGCAGAAGCAAGAGGCACGGAAAAAAAAAAAAGAGAAAACAGAAUGUUUGAAGGCAGAAAAGCAACGUAUUAAGGAUACGAACCGAC